GCCACCUAACCGCGGCGCACCUGUCGUGUUGUCUGUGGUAACCGCAACGGAUGUAGGAAGUGCAGUGACUGUUCCGAACGAAUUCAAAUUCGAACUGUUCGAUUUUGUGUGACUGACAUUUAUUUUGGUGUGGCAUUUGUUUUUUUGGCGGUGCGCGUGAACUUAUCGGCACGUAAAACGGAAUCAAGAAGUCAGCAGCGUGAGGUGACAACACUUUCACCAGUAGCGCACGCGCCGCAUCUUCCCACGGUGAAACCGUGCGAAGAAAACGUCAGGAAAAUGCCCAUUGUACAAGAAAACACGGCUAGAUGCACCAGGUGAUCCAAUAUGCGCGAAGUUGCGCAGGCCAGCACACCGGCCAGGGUCCGGUUAAAACCAGUAUGGGCCGGGUUGAUAUGGUUGCUGCUAAUUGCGCACGCGGUUACAGCCAACAGGCCGCCGCGGUUUCUGAUAGAUGGCCAGUCAGAGAUCGUUGUGAGGCUGAAAGAAGGACCAGACACUCCUGUAGGCAGUCUAAUAUAUCGACUGAGAGGCGUUGAUCCUGAUGGAGACACAUUAAAAUUUGGGAUUAGAGACCAACUUGGUAGUGAUAUUUUAAGAUUAGAAGCCAUUUCAUCCAACGAAGCUAAUAUUUAUUUAGUUAAGGAAUUAGAUAGAGAGGUCCGUGAUGAAUACUCUUUCGUCCUAACUUUAACUGAUGGGCAUUUGGGGGAAGGGAACUUCGUCACGCAGAGCUUUUUACUGUUAGUUGAAGACGUGAAUGACAACGAGCCCAUAUUCAAAACGUACCCGUCGGCAAUCACCGUGAAAGAAAAUGCACCGCCCAGCGUAAUUGCCACGGUAGAAGCAACAGACCUUGACGAAGGUGCAUAUGGUCAAGUGCUUUAUCACCUGCAAGAGCUAGACGGUGAUAUCGACAACUUUUCUGUACAAACUGUGAACGGGAAGGGUGUGAUCCGAGUGACGAAUAGCUUGGAUUACGAGAAGAAAUCGCUGUACCAACUGAGGGUGCUCGCAGUAGACCGCGCGAACCAAGGCAGAGUCAACACUGGGACGGCAGCGAUCUUGGUGAAGGUCCAAGACGUGGAAGACCAGCCUCCGGAGUUUGUUGUGGCCAGUCCUGUAACGAGGAUAAGCGAAGAUGCGCCGGUUGGAACGUCUGUUUUACAAGUCCGAGCCAUCGAUGGAGACCGAGGCAUCAACAACCGGAUAUCGUACAGCAUCAUCUCCGGCGGUGAAGAGCACUUCGACAUUGACAGCAGCUCGGGAAUCGUAUACACUAUCAACCAACUGGAUAGGGAAGAUCCCAAUAACAGCAAUGGAGCCUACAUAUUGGAGAUAUUGGCCACAGAGGAAUCCCACGCCGUCUCUCCUAUGCCCAGUGCUACAACCGAAGUGACGGUCAUUGUGACUGAUGUUAACGAUGAAACUCCAAGGUUUAGGAGUGAGAAGUAUGUCGGUGAAGUCCUGGAGAAUGCCCAGCAGAAUACCCCGAUAACUUUUCUCCAGGACGCCUUGCCUGAAGUAUUUGACUAUGAUCAGGGAAAAAAUGGUACAUUCGAACUGUACCUAGUCGGAGACAAUGGUGUUUUCGACGUCACGCCAUUCAAGGGGAUCAAUGAGGCGUCGUUUCUGAUCAGAGUCAACGACCCGUCAUUUUUAGACUAUGAAAAGGUCACCGUAAUGAAUUUCAGUCUAGUCGCCAAAGAAAUUGUUGCCAAAGACCCAAAGAUGAGUGUAGUUCCAAUAAUGGUCCAUAUAAAGGACGAGAACGACAAUUUCCCCGAGUUCACGGAGUCUCUGUACAUGGUGUCCGUCCCUGAAAACUGCGAGGUUGGGACCACAGUAGCCUGGGUGCAAGCUUUAGACCAGGAUUCAGAUAAUUAUGGAACCAGGGGCAUCAGAUACACCAACCUUGGAGGAAGUAUAGCCAAUUUGCUCAACCUAAACCCAAUAUCAGGCGUGAUAACAGUAAAACAAGCUGGCGGAGACAACUUCGACCGGGAAUUGAUCUCACGACACUACCUCACUGUCGAAGCGAGAGACGACCUCGGGAAAGGCAAUCGGAACACCGCACAGCUGAUCAUCAACAUAGAAGACGUUAACGACAACGCCCCAAUGUUCUUAGCAAACAAAUACGAAGCCAGACUGCUGGAAAACGAACGCCAGUUUGAGAACCCACUGAUUCUUGAAGCUAGGGACAUCGAUCUUAAUGGUACAAAGAACAGCCACAUCGAGUAUUCCAUAGUCGGCGGCGAGUACAAGAACAACUUCUCGAUUGAUCCCAACCUGGGCAUCAUCACGCCCAGAGGUGGGCUAGAUUUCGAGCAGAUUCCGGGAGACAACACCAAUAUUCGACCUAUACAUCUGACGGUGAGAGCUCGCGACUUCGGUAUACCACCACUAUCGUCUACCGUGCCCGUAACAAUAUACGUGCAAGACGUCAACGAUCACGCGCCGCUGUUUCAGCAAAUGAUCGUGAGAGCUCGCGACUUCGGUAUACCACCACUAUCGUCCACCGUGCCCGUUACAAUAUACGUCCAAGAUGUCAACGAUCACGCGCCACUGUUUCAGCAGAUGAUCUACAAGAGAUCUAUCCCUGAGGACAUGCCAGGUGGCACUAGUGUGUUAGAGGUAAAAGCCCGCGAUUCCGACGGCUCAUCGCCGAACAACCGAGUGGUGUACCGCAUCCAAAGAGGCGCCAGCGACAAGUUCGUCAUCGACAGCCGCUCCGGCGUGGUCUCUGUGGCCAACGGGUCCAACCUCGACCCGGACAAGACUAACCCGAAGAGCAACCGGUACACGCUCACUGUGGUAAGUGGUUUAGUCUGUGCUCGCGACUCCGACGGAUCAUCGCCGAACAACCGAGUGGUGUACCGCAUCCAAAGAGGUGCCAGCGACAAGUUCGUCAUCGACAGCCGCUCCGGCGUGGUCUCUGUGGCCAACGGGUCCAACCUCGACCCGGACAAGACCAACCCGAAGAGCAACCGGUACACGCUCACUGUGGUGGCGCUAGACGGUGGUAUAGGCGACCAGCAACUUAGUGCGGCGGUGCUCGUAAACAUCACUAUAGUGGACGUCAACAACAAACCGCCCGUUUUGAAGGAACCAGGCACCAUCACCGUCAGGGAAAAUACGCAGGUCGGCACACAAAUCUACCGUGCGCAAGCGUACGACCCGGACGAACAGCCGGUUCUCCGCUACUCGAUAGACAGAGAGGGCAGUAUCGCGCGAGACGAGGACGGAAUACCCAUCCCUGCGACGGAGUACGACUACCGCGCACUUUGGGACUUGAAUCCGGUCGAUGGGACGCUUAGAGUCGUCAGAUUACUAGACCGCGAAAAAGUUGAAACAGUGAAACUUGUAAUCACAGUUGAAGACAUGGCAGCAAUAGACGGUGGUCCUCGUCAGACCGCCUCAGCCACCCUCACCAUUCUCAUAGAGGAUGAAAACGACAACAAUCCCAAGUUCAGGAAGCCGUUCUAUAGGACAUCUAUACCUGAAAACUCGAAGAACGGCGCCAAUAUAGCGACAGUGAUAGCGGAUGAUGCAGACAAGAAUAGGACUAUGUCGUAUUACCUGGAAGGGCCAGACGAGUUGCUUAGCAUGGUGCAUCUAGAGCGGUCUACCGGUGAGGUUGUGGUCGCAAACAAGAUCGACCACGAGGUGUACCCGUGGAUCAAUCUUACGGUUAAAGCGGUGGACAGCGGUGUGCCCCCUAGGCAUUCUGUCGUAGAUUUAUUUAUACAGGUACUGGACGAGAACGACAACAACCCAGUGUUUGAAUCAUCGGCGUUUGAAUACCGCGUGUUAGAAGCGGUGGAGCCUGGUACCACCAUCGCCGUGGUGCAAGCCACGGAUGCUGACUCGGGAGAAUACGGCAAGAUCACUUAUCUGCUCGACAGGAUGUCUACACAGGGCAAGUUCCUAAUCAACGCAGAGACAGGGGCUCUCACAGUGUCGGACUGGCUCGACCGCGAGACGCAAGCCACUUACAACCUGGUGGUAGAGGCGUGGGACAACUACCAGUUUGGGUACCUCAGUGGCGAGAGCCGGAACGCUUUCAAGCAGAUAGUAGUUCACGUGGAAGACGUAAACGACAACCCGCCAAUACUCCAAAUGCCGGAAGAGUGUACCACCAUCACGGAGUUCCACAACCACCGCGAGCCCAUAGUGUCGGUGUCAGCGACUGAUGCCGACGAUAACUCAUCGCCGAAUGGACGCGUGCAGUUUCACUUGGUCGGGGGGAAAGGACACGUGUCGGUGUCGGCGACCGACGCCGACGACAACUCGUCGCCGAAUGGACGCGUGCAGUUUCACUUGUACGUCAGUCCACUCCUGGAUAAUCUAUUUAUCAUCACGGAGUUCUACAACCACCGCGAGCCCAUAGUGUCGGUGUCAGCGACUGAUGCCGACGACAACUCGUCGCCGAAUGGACGCGUGCAGUUUCACUUGGUCGGUGGAAAAGGACACGAACUAUUCCGCUUCGAGCAAGUGGGGGGCGAUGCCAACACCGGUCGACUGUUCGCGCGGCAGUCGCUCAAGGAUCGCUUCGGGAACUACACGCUACUGGUGGAGGCGAGGGACCUCGGGAUUCCCCCCAAUAUCGUUCGCGGAGAGCUGAGGCUGUGUGUCACUGAUUACAAUGACCAUGCGCCUGUGUUUGUGCAUCCGCCUCAGAAUGUCACUAUUAAAGUUCCGGAGAAUGCAACAAUCGGAUCCCUAGUAGUCGACGUCAAAGCGAUCGAUGCGGACAUCGGCCCCAACGGAGCGGUCCGCUAUAGGGUUCGCCAAGACGCGGCCGGCGCCUGGCGAACCUUCACGGUACACGCGACUACGGGAGCGCUGCGGACUACAAGAUCGCUCGACAGGGACAAACAGACUACUUACCAGCUCAGAAUCGAAGCCUACGACCUAGGUCUCCCCACGCCUCUAAGUUCAGACUUGGACCUUACAAUCUACGUGCAAAACGUCGACAGUUACCGCCCCCGGUUUCCCCACAAGACUUUCCGAAUAAACGUCACUGAAAACCUCCCGAAGUAUGAAGUGUACCUCCCAAGUGUGAUAGAGAGGGACGAAAUAGACAGAGGGGAUGAACCGGUGUUGCCAGUGUGUUACUUCAUUGUGGAAGGGAACGAAGGAGGCGCGUUUCAGCUGCAACCUAGCACGCACAAGCUAUCAACAGUGAACUCUCUGGACCGUGAACAAAGGUCGUCCUACAACCUGACCGUGCUAGCUACAGAAGACUGCGUGGCCACUCCUACUUACAACCCCGACACCGAUGCUGUGAGCUCCCUUCGAGUGUUGGUCGCUGUGAAUGACGUCAAUGACAAUGCGCCGAGGUUCGUGAAAAAGAUAUUCACCGGAGGAGUGACCACUGAAGCGGAUUUCGGCAUCGAGUUUAUGCAUGUUAAAGCUGAGGACGCAGAUGAGGGAGACAACGCUCGCAUCAGCUACUUCCUACUUGGAGAAGUGAAGCAGACCCUGACGGAAGGCUUGGAAAACCUCGCCGUGCAACCUUUCCUUGUCGACCCUCGAAGUGGGGCCAUUGCCCUCAACUUUGACCCCCAGAAGGGGAUGAAAGGGUACUUUGACUUCAAGGUGCUCGCAAACGACACAGGCGGCCUCCACGACGAAGCUCACGUGUUCAUAUACCUACUACGCGAGGACCAACGCGUACGUUUCGUACUACGGGCGCACCCGUCCGAAGUUCGAGACAGAAUACACAUCUUCCAAGAACAAUUGGCUCGUGUAACAGACGCAGUAGUUAACGUAGACGAUCUUAGAGUCCACGAGAAUAAGGACGGAUCGGUGGAUAAUACUAAAACGGAUCUGUACUUGCAUUUGGUGAAUGGACAAGACCAUUCCGUGUUGGAGGUGCAGCAAGUGUUGAAGAUUGUGGAUAAAAACAUCGAGCAGCUGGAUGAUUUGUUUAAGGAGUUCAACGUGCUAGACACGCAACCAGCGGAAUACCAGCCGCUAACAGCCGAGUCGCUGUCGGCCAACCAGGCGGUGUUCUGGCUGGUGUGGAGCACGCUGCUGCUGGCUGUACUGCUGCUCCUGGCGCUGCUCACGUGUCUCUCCCAGCGGGCUGCCUACGCGCGCCGGCUGAAGGCCGCCACCGCCACCGCCUACUCUACCCCCACCGCUGGAGAAUCCGACAUGACCAUACGCAGCUCUGGCGGACGAGUGCCAAACACGAAUAAACAUAGCACCAAAGGCUCCAACCCUAUCUGGCUCCACGCGUACGAAAACGACUGGUACAAAUCCGAUGACCAGCUCAGCCACUCGGAAAGAGACUCGCUCGACGAAAACGCCGUCGAUCAAGACCUGUCCAACGAGAAACCAUACUUCAUCACAACCGGAGCCUUUCCCUCCAUAGACUCCAACCAAACUGAACCGCAGACUAACCAAGCCAAAUACGACUUUUACCAGCAACUAGAACAAAUGAAGAACGCUAAAAACAUGGAAACGACUGAACUAUAAAAUAGAUGUAAUUUAUUAGCUACGUAACGUGCCUUUGUAAAUUAUGUACCUCUGUAAGAUUUUCAAUUACAAAGAGAAAAUUA